ACGAUGAUGUGUGUUAUUUGAAAAACAAUGUUAAACAUUGAAGUUACCUGACUCGCAUGAUGUGUGUUCAGUAGCAAAGUUUGUCUGCUGGACAGUGUGCUGGUGACGUUUGCCUGAGGCACUUGUGAUUUAGUUUGCUCACACACAGCAGUUUAUUUUUAGCAGGUGAACUCAUCAAAUGAAUUCAAAACUAAGGCUUCGCUUGUUAAUAAGUCAAGUCCAUAGCAACGACAUUCUUUUAAAAGACGACACAAUGUGUAAAACAACUUUGUACGAAAUAAAAAUAUAUGUUCUUUGAUAAUGAAGAAACUGAAUUAAGGUGAUACUAACGCAACAUAACAAAGUGCGCAAUAAAAAGUACAAAAAUUGUGCUUACGACGUCUAACAUGAAAUUAAUACAAAUGCCAAGACAAGCUAUGCAAAUACAUUUCUUUUUUCCUAAAAUUAAAAGUCUAUCUUUUGAUGAACUAUGUUGCCAAAUUAAAUGAAUUAAUAAGGAUCUGUUUGCUGCUAAAAGUAUGGUAAACCACAGGAACGUUUGAUAUCGGCUAAGAGAUUUGAAACUAAUCUAAUAACAUUUAGGAAACAAUGCUAAAACAAAUAUUUUAUUUAAGAAAAUCAAACUCAAAGAGGAUGAAUUAAUGAUUGUAUUUCGAAAUACAAACACGUCGAAAUUUUAAUAAAGUGUAAUAAUAAAUUCAGCCUAUAAAAAUACAACAAUAAAAGAUCGACAAAGAGCUGGUGCUAAUAUGAAACUGCAUUAUUAAUAAUAGCAAUUAGUAAGUAAUCAUGCUUAGCUCAAUGCUUAGGUAUCAAUAAAUAGUUCUAAAGAAAAAACUCAGUGUUAUGGUGUUUCAACGGCUAUUUGGAAAAUUAUAAUACUCUCUUGCAUCAUAAACUGAAGAUAAAAAAAGACCAGCUUGCUUAUAGAAGCAUUCGGCACGGUCCAUCACUGUUUUUAAAAUUCUUUCAACGCAUUAUGAUAAUGAUACAAUUAUAGGAUAGCUUAUUCAAAAAGGAGUGAAUGUUAAUAUUAUGAUUAGAGGUGAAUUAAACACUUCAACUAUGGCAUCAAGUGUUGGACAUGAUACUAAUAAUGCAGAUUUGCUUAUCACCAGCAAAACCGAUAUUAAUCGUGCAGAUGAAGAUGAAGGUAAAGCGUUUCUGCUUGCUUCAAAAAAUGGAGAUGAUAAAAUAGUGGAGUUACUUAUCAGCGGUGGAGCUGAUAUUAAUCAUGUAAAUAACGAAGGAUGGGAUGCUUUAAUGAUUGCAUCACGUAAUUCACACGACAAAGUAGUAAAGCUACUUAUCACUAGCGGAGCUGAUAUUAAACGCGUGGAUACAGAUGGGCAGGAUGCUUUAAUGCGUGCAUCAAACAAAGGACAUGAAAAAGUAGUAGAGUUGCUUAUCAACAGCGGUGCUGAUUUUAAAAGAGUGGAUAAAGAUGGGCAGGAUGCUUUAAUGCGUGCAUCAAAAAAAGGACAUGAAAAAGUAGUAGAGUUGCUUAUCAACAGCGGGGCUAAUUUUAAAAGAGUGGAUAAUGAUGGAUGGGAUGCUUUAAUGUAUGCAUCAGACAAAGGACAUGAAAAAGUAGUAAAGUUGCUUAUCAACAGCGGGGCUAAUUUUAAAAGAGUGGAUACAUAUGGGCAGGAUGCUUUAAUGCGUGCAUCAAACAAAGGACAUGAAAAAGUAGUAGAGUUGCUUAUCAACAGCGGGGCUAAUUUUAAAAGAGUGGAUAAUGAUGGAUGGGAUGCUUUAAUGUAUGCAUCAGACAAAGGACAUGAAAAAGUAGUAAAGUUGCUUAUCAACAGCGGGGCUAAUUUUAAAAGAGUGGAUACAUAUGGGCGGGAUGCUUUAAUGCGUGCAUCACAAAAAGGACAUGAAAAAAGUUACUUGUGA